AUGGUGGUAGACCUCCCGCCAGCCGCCGGUUUCCCGGACCUGCGGGCGGCCGCACCGUUCUUGGCGGCGGCGGUCGCGCUGUACUUCCUGCUCGAGCAGCUGUCCUACCUCCGCAAGAAGGGACCUCUACCAGGCCCGUCCCUCGUCGUCCCGUUCCUCGGCAGCGUGGCGCACAUGGUCCGCGACCCGGCGGGGUUCUGGGACACGCAGGCGGCGCGCGCCAGGGAGUCCGGCUCCGGCCUGGCCGCCGACUUCCUCAUCGGCCGCUUCGUCGUCUUCAUCCGCGACUCGGAGCUCUCCCACCGCGUCUUCGCCAACGUGCGCCCCGACGCCUUCCACCUCAUCGGCCACCCCUUCGGCAAGCGCCUCUUCGGCGACCACAACCUCAUCUACAUGUUCGGCGACGACCACAAGGACCUGCGCCGCAGGAUCGCGCCCAACUUCACGCCCCGCGCGCUCUCCACCUACGCCGCGCUCCAGCAGCGGGUCAUCCUCGCCCACCUCCGCCGCUGGCUCGACGACCAGGCCGCCGCCGCCGGCGCCGAGCCCAUGCCGCUGCGUGUCCCCUGCCGCGACAUGAACCUCGAGACCUCGCAGACGGUCUUCGUCGGGCCGUACCUCUCCGAGAAGGCCCGGGAGCGCUUCGCCAAGGACUACGCGCUCUUCAACGUCGGCCUCAUGGCCAUGCCCGUCGACCUGCCCGGCUUCGCCUUCCGCCGCGCCAGGCUCGCCGUGGCCCGCCUCGUGCGCACGCUAGCGGACUGCGCGCGCCAGAGCAAGGCGCGCAUGCGCGCCGGCGCCGACCCCGAGUGCCUCGUCGACUACUGGAUGCAGGACACGCUGCGCGAGACGGACGAGGCCGCCACGGCGGGGAGGCCACCGCCCGCGCACACCGACGACGAGGAGCUCGGGGGUUUUCUGUUCGACUUCCUCUUCGCCGCGCAGGACGCGUCCACCUCCUCCCUCUGCUGGGCGGUCUCCGCGCUAGAGUCCCACCCGGACGUGCUCGCGCGCGUGCGCGCCGAGGUGGCGGCCGUCUGGUCGCCCGAGUCCGGCGAGCCCAUCACCGCCGAGAAGAUCCAGGGGAUGCGGUACACGCAGGCGGUGGCGCGCGAGGUGGUCCGGUACCGGCCCCCGGCGACGCUGGUGCCGCACAUCGCCGGCGAGCCGUUCCAGCUCACGGAGUGGUACACGGUGCCCAAGGGCGCCAUCGUGUUCCCGUCCGUCUACGAGUCCUCUUUCCAGGGCUUCCCGGCGCCCGACGCCUUCGACCCGGACCGCUUCUUCUCCGACGCGCGCAGGGAGGACGUGGCGUUCAAGCGCAACUUCCUCGCAUUCGGCGCCGGCGCGCACCAGUGCGUCGGCCAGCGCUACGCCCUCAACCACCUCGCGCUCUUCCUCGCGCUCUUCGUCUCCGUCGCCGACUUCAAGCGGGACACGACGGACGGAUGCGACGACCCCGUGUACAUGCCCACCAUCGUGCCCAGGGACGGCUGCUCCGUCUACCUCAACCAACGCUGCCCAAGCUUCCCGUCCUUCUGAGCCUGAGCUGGUCGUCC